UCCAUCACACGUGUUGUUAUUAUUGCGUAAAGUAGGAGUAGAAAAAUAAUAGUUUCAAAAUUUUCACCAAAAUUAAAUCAUAUAACUACGGUUCGACCGAUGCUGCUGCUGUUAUCGCACAGCCGCCAGCACACAAGACUCUCUGAGCGUUAUCUUUCGGUUAGACAAGUGUAGAAAGCGGGCGGCAUUUAUUAAUUAUGGCAUCCGACAAUGAAUCCGACGCCGAACUCGAUGAGAACUAUUACACAUUUCUCAAUUUGCCGCGAGAUGCAACGCAGGAGCAAAUUAACAGCGCUUACCGCAAGCAAAGCCGCAUUUAUCAUCCGGAUAAACAUCAGGAUCCGGAGAGCAAACAAAAGGCCGAGAUGAUGUUUAAUCGUACGAAACGCGCCUAUGAAGUGCUCUCCGAUCCCCACCAGCGUGCCAUCUACGAUUCGGUGGGCGAGAAAGGUCUGAAAACGGAGGGCUGGGAAAUUGUGCAUCGAACCAAGACGCCGGCAGAGAUCAGGGAAGAGUACGAGCGUUUGGCACAAGCUGCAGCCGAACGUCGUAUGCAACAACGCACAAAUCCUCGCGGCAACAUCACGAUCAAUGUAAAUGCUACAGAAAUAUUCACUCCCUACGAUGAGUCCGAGAUGCCGCGCGUGGAGAUCGGCUCCAUGAGUAUUGCCCAGUCCAUUGAGGCGCCCAUCACGCGAAAGGAUAUGAUUGUGAUGAGCGGCAAUCUGUAUUCCAGCAAUGGCACCGGCAACGGCGGCUUCAUGAUUGCCGGUCGACGACUCCUCAAUAAGGGCUGGCUAGAGAUUUGCCUCGGAGCCGGUAAUGGCUUCCUCUUGGGACUUAAGGGUGGACGCACGCUUACGUCGAAGGUAUCGGUGAAUGGAGGGACAAACAUGAAUUUCCAGGAGAAUGGCGUGAUACCCGCCGUGUUUUCCACACUGGCUGUGCAGCUGGACAAGCACACGAUUGGCAGCUUGACGCUGAAUGCGGGACCACAGUCAUCAAUGACCACGCAAAUUGAUCACUCCACUGAUCAACAUGCGAUCAGCACAUCCUUUGUCCUGGGCACUCCACAUAUCUACUUUACUAUGUCGUAUACUCGCAAGAUGCUAGAGAACGAGAUGAAGCUGAAGUUGUCCGCCAAAGUGGGCACCUUUGGCUUCAUGGGCGAGUAUGGCGUGGAAAAGAAGGUUUCCAAAUACAGCUCUUUGGUCGCCACCGUCUCCAUUGGAGUGCCCUCCGGUGUUAUCCUGAAGCUGAAAAUAAUUCGGUCAAAUCAAUCGUAUGUGUUCCCAAUACAUCUGAGUGAUGAAAUUGUGCCCGCUGCUGUAUUCUAUGCUUCAGUGACGCCAAUAAUUGCGUGGUUCUUUGUGAAGAAGGCCAUCAUGGAUCCAAUGGAAGCGGAUCGCAAGAGCAUUGAAGUGGAGCGCUCAAAGCGUCAGAAUGAGCAGCGACUUGUUGCCAAGAAACUGGAGGCAAUGGCAGCCAUACAUUUGAUGCAGAGCACCUAUAAUCGGAUCACAAACGAGGAGCAGGCACGCAAGGGUUUGAUCAUCACAAGAGCCAUCUAUGGUUGCUUAAGCGAAAAUAGUACGCAAUUUAAGCCGGAGGCAUCACACGAUGUAACAAUUCCGAUACAGUGUCUAGUCAGAGACGGCAUACUACAGUUGUACGAGUCCUCAAAGAGCGAUUUACCUGGCUUCUUUGAUCCGAGUUUAGGAGACGACAAGAUCUUACGUAUAGAAUAUACAUUUAAUGAUGUACCUAAGACAAUUAAUGUAAAGGACAAUGAACCAGUACGACUGCCAGGAUAAUCGAUGAAAGCGCCCCAAUUGCUAAUUUGUAUAAAUCUUCAGUCUUGUGUUAAAAUUGUUUUUAUAAUUCGUCGUAGUAGCCGUACAAACAUACAAAAUAUACCUACCUAUUGAUAUUGAUAGGCAAAUUUA